GUCAUAAAGUGUAUAUCUACAAUGGUAUCAUGUGCCCGUACUGAACGAUCUUCAGCCUGAUCUACAGAUGAUUAUCGAGCCAAGGUAAGCAGGCUUCUGCGCACCCCGGCAACGUGGGUCAUCAUCCUGUGCUCUUCUGAUGGAAGUAACAGCCUAUAAGGAUGCUGUAGUGGCUUGUUAACCGUAAUGCUCGUCUCAAGAGCGUGCACAGUACAGGUGGAUAGACCGGCUAUCCACUCUCGGAGAGUCACAGUCCAUCAUGUCUUCAUUUCACAUCAGCAACCGAGACGUCUCAACCCGAUCUCCUCGCCUUCAUCUCGGCGAUGAACUUGGCCUUCUUCGACGUGGGGAUCACAUAGAUCUUCACCAGCUCAUCCACAACCUCCACCUUACCACUCGCCAAGAUCUGCAGCAAGGGCAACUUCUUGCCCGCCUGGAUCAAGCCGCCCGUGACGGUCUCCAUGAAGCACUCCACCGAAUUGAUCGUGUACUCAUGCUUCGAAUCCCAGGGCAGCGGGAAGAUGUACUCCAAAUGAUCCUCGAUGGUGUGCAUCUCGGAGAACGCCUUGAUGAAAUCCGUCUGCGCGUCCAUGUGGUACAAAAGCACACAGGGGAACUCGAGGGUACUUUCGGGCGACAGCGGGUCCGGCGAGAGCUUGAUGCUCGCAUCCUCCAUCUCCGGCGGCGCGUCCGUCUUGCGCGUGCGGAUGUUCCUGGCCUGGAGCGCGACGCUCAACAGCUGCGCCUCCUUCUGCCUGCGCUCCUCCUCGGCCUUCCUCCUCGCCACCACCCGCUCCACCGCGGCCUUCCGCUCCGCGAUCUUGGCGGCCACCGUCUGCAGGGACUUGUUCUCGGGGUCGAUGGCCAAGCCGCGCGCCGCCGCAUCCUCCGCCUCGGGGAUCUUAUCCAGAGCGAGCAAUGCCGUCGCGGAGCGGUAGUAGGCCUUGACAUUCUUGGGGUUGAGUUUCAGAGCGGCGGCGCAAUCGAGGGUCGUAGAGCGGUAGUUCUCUGUGAUCACCCCCCAGAUCAAUUCAAGUCAGCCCCUCUCCCCUAAACCCAGGAAUAGACUUGAGAAAAUUGACACUCACGCAAUUCCAAAUGACACAGCGCGCGGUUGAUGUAGCACGCGGCCUCCACCUCCUUCUGGAGUUUUCUCUCUGCCUCCUCAUCCUCGGGCUUCUCCCACUUGUCCUCCUUGG